AUGACAAGAUCCAGCGUUAUGGCAAUUGACUGGAUAGAACGUCGAUUGUUUUGGAGUGAUGGCAUCUACAAGCAAAUUCACGUUGGCAAUUUAGAUGGCAAAGAGAAAAGGUUUCUACUGCAUAUAUCGAAUAAUCCGAAUUGGAUAGCUGUGGAUCCAACCGUAGGGUAA